AGUACCUUUAAACUAGGAAGACUCGUCUACGUCCAGUGUCUGUCGUCCACAAUAAAGGUCGAAGUGUCAAACGCCCAGCUAAGUUGCCGACUCCGUUCGCGGCUUCGUCCUCCGGCAAGCGCCAGCACGCAGUUCGGCAACACCGCCACUCCGCCAGGCGCCAGCACCGCAGCACGUCUCGUCAGUCACCCUUCGGCGGUUCGGCCAUUCCGCCCUUCUCAAUAGUCACCUUCCGUAGUUCCGAUUGAAUCUUUGAGUAGUUUGGAGCUGGAAAUAUCGAGGAUUGGUCUGCUAUACUUGUUUUGAAUAACCGCUAUAGACAAUGUCCUUGGGCUUCCAAGUUGCCGCAUUGGUGGGCGCACCUUCCUGCCCCAAUGCUAUUGCCUGGUCAGAGGACAAUUUGGUAGCCGUGGCUUCGGGUCAUCUUGUUACUAUUCUGAACCCUGCUAAGCCAUUUGUAGCUCGUGGACUAGUUACAGUUCCUGCCAGCAAGCCUUUUCAAAUUGGGCUGGUUGACAAGAAAGACUUGACAUCUGGUUGUUUAUUACCUAUUUGCAUAUCACGAGACAUUCGCCCUUGUGUUAGGUCAAUUUCAUGGUCUCCUAUUGGAUUUGCCUCAAAUGCCAGCUGCUUUCUUGCCAUAUGCACCACCGAGGGGCGUGUGAAGGUUUACCGCAUGCCUUUCUGUGAGUUUAGAGUUGAGUGGAUAGAGUAGGUAGUGGACAUAUCCGAGAUGCUUUACACUUAUCUUGAAAAUGCCAAUUUUGAGGAUGCGAGCAUAUCUUCUAAUCUUUCAUAUACAACUGAUGCCUGUGAUAACCCAGAAUUUGAAGAAGACAUGACGCUAUCUCAUUUCUUGAAAACAAAUAAGCAAAGGAAGCUGAAAGCCUUGACUGUAAUGUAGUAAAUGUCAAAGAUGGUGUGGUGAAAAAAAAAACACGGCGUCUCUCUGCCGAAGAAUAUGCCUCUCGUAAUGCAAUGAUAUCUUCACUAACUGUGGCGUGGUCACCCCAUCUACGAUGGAAAAGUGGCUUUUCAGUGCUUGCGGUGGGAGGAAAGUCUGGUAGACUUUCAUUUUGGAGAUUCCAUCAACCGCAAUGCUAUUCCACACGGAGCAGUUCUGAAUCAAGCCAUGCAUCGUUUUUGGGUUUCCUUCAAGCCCACAACACUUGGAUUACAUCAAUAACAUGGGCUUUGAUUGAUUCUGAUGCUUCAAAUCAUCAAGUUAUGCUUUUUACCGGAAGUUGUAAUGGGAGUGUGAAGAUCUGGCAAGCAUGCAAUAAAGAACUUCAGGAAUCUUCAGACAUCAGUCCUGUUUCAUUCUCUCUUCUAAAAGAGGUUACAAGCGUAGAUUGUGGACCGGUUUCUGUGCUUUCAGUCAUAGUGCCUUUAGAUUCACCAAGCAAAAUUUCUUUAGCUAUUGGGAAAGGAUCAGGAACAGUUGAUGUGUGGAUUUGUGAGAUGUGUAGCAGCACAUUCAAGAAAGUUGGAUCUUACCGUGGACAUGAUCAUAUUGUCACGGGUCUGGCCUGGGCUUUUAAUGGACACUGCCUUUACAGCUGCAGUCAGGAUAACACCCUUUGCAGUUGGAUAUUGAUGGAAAAUUACCUACACCAAGUUUCUAUUCCCUCAAACACCCUUGGAAUGAUGAGUUCUGCUGAUAUGCCUACUGCUUUUGAUUCAUGUUGCGGUCUUGCAGUAUCACCGGGAAAUCUUGUGCUUGCUGUGGUACAUGGCUAUGACACUGAACUAUUAAACCCAAUGUACGAGGCAAGGUCUUGUAAAGCUGCAAUAGAGUUCUUGUGGAUUGGAGGGCAGCAUCUAGAUCCCAUCUCUGAUAUACUUCCAGAUUCUUCCGAGAGAGAAAUGACAUGUUUGGAAACUAAUAUACUAUGGUCACUACAGCAAUUCAAUCAUAAUCCGCUAGAUAAGCCUUUGAUCAUGUGGGACAUUGUAGCAGCACUUCUGGCCUUCAAUCAGUCUAAUCCAAAAUGCCUAGAAAAUAUACUAUUAAAGUGGUUGGCGUCGGUACUUGGAGGACCCGAGUGUGACAUUUCUACAGAUUUAUCUCAAGCCUUUUCUAGGUAUCUCCCGAGAUUGGCAUCUCGAACGUUACAACUAUUCAAUGUGAUAACCAGACAGGUAGUGUUAAAGAUGGAUGAUGAUAAAGACCUUGGUGGAGUGGAACUGUGGGACAUGUGGAAGAAGGUGCACAUAGAUGUUGAAAGAGAAUUAAGGGAUCGGCUUGUUGGGUUUAGCCUUUCUGUUAUUUCAUCAAAUAUUGUGUCUGGUUGUGAUGAAGAGGAUAAUGUUUGUAGGAUUGGAGGUUGGGUUCCUAUAGGAUUAGCACAAAUGGAGAGGUGGGUUGAUUUCAACAAAGCUGAUAUGAAAGAGAAUCUGAUGCACCUUGCGGAAAAUGUGGGUAGAACGAAAAAAAGAAGAUUAAACUCCAUCUACACGAUGCAAGAGGAGUGCAGCUUCUGCUCAGCAUCGGUUCCAUUAGGCUCUCCAGAAUUUGCAUUUUGUCAAGGAGAGAAGACCAACGAAUCAGAGACUCGCGGUCCAAGCCAUAAACUACCCCGCUGCUCCGUGUCCAUGCUGGUCUGCCCUCCAACCACUCCUCCAUGGCAUUGCGUGUGUUGUAAGCGCUGGGCUUCACAACUAGCUCCUUCAACCCUUUUCACACUGCCAGAAUAUCCAUCAGAUUUUGAACCUUUUAUCCAGCAGCAGCGUUCUUCUACACAUCCAACGAAGCCUUGGUGCCCUUUUUGUGGGAUUCUUUUGCAGAGAUUGCAACCAGAGUUUCUGCUCUCUCCAACUCCGGUAUAACUAGACUGUGUUUUGGUAGUAGAGUUUAGAUAGCUACUUUGUAGGUAGGAUCUAAUGUAAUUUUGUAUGUAACCAUUUUUACUAACAUGUGUAAGAAUUACGGAGUAGUCAUUAUCUUGAUUAAAUAAAUAAAUAAAUUAUUGGUUGAAU